AAACUUGGCCGUGCAUGCAAGUCUGUGAGUGCUCACCUGUUAUAGCACCUUCGCAUUGCGCGACCUUCGUAAUUAUUUUGCCGGUAAACCCUCAUGCUCAGCCGCUGCAAAAAUUAUCGUCCGCCGCCGCGGAGGUCUUCCCUAAAUUAAACGGAUCAAACUAUUGUCGUAUUUUAACAAAUAUGAAUUCUUAUUGAGGAUAAAAUUAAAUCAUUUGUUAUGGUCCCACAAUCCGAUUCCCCAAAUCCCAAUAAUUCCGAUGAAGAUUUCUUCUCCACCACCACCUCCGUGGCUUCGGGCUCCACCUCAUCCGACUCCAAGCCGCCUUCCCCGACGCAGUCCCUACCCCCUCAGAUCCCCAUCAAAUGGCCUCCGGAAGGAGCACUAACCUUAUCUUGGGUCACUGAUCUGAUGCAGGCAUUCGAAUGGGCCUCCAGAGCCCUACCGCCCUCGGAGUUUGCCUCAGUGCUUCCGGUUGAGGUCUUUGAUAAACUUGUGCUUACGGCGUCCAAGAUUUUGCAUAAAGAGCCAAAUUGUGUUGAAAUUGAUUCGGAAUCGGGUUUGGGUUCUGAUUCCCGAGUAGUGGUGGUUGGUGAUGUGCACGGCCAGUUGCAUGAUGUUCUGUUUUUGCUUAAGAACGCGGGAUUUCCGGGCGAGGACCGGUUUUUUGUGUUCAAUGGAGAUUAUGUGGACAGAGGUGCUUGGGGUCUUGAGAUUUUUCUACUGUUACUGGCUUGGAAGGUUCUUAUGCCUCACAGGGUUUAUUUGCUUCGGGGAAAUCACGAGUCAAAGUAUUGUACUUCUGUUUAUGGAUUUGAGAAAGAGGUCUUGACCAAGUACGGAGAUAGCGGAAAACAUGUCUACAGAAAGUGUUUAGGCUGUUUUGAAGGACUUCCUCUUGCUUCCAUUAUAGCUGGGCGUGUUUAUACAGCACAUGGAGGGCUCUUUCGCGGCACGGUUGUCACCCCAUCAAAAAGGGCUAAAAAGAAGAAUCGUAAAGUAGUUCAUAACCCUGAAGGCAAUGCUUUAACUCUUGGUUCCUUGGAAGAGUUGGCCAAGGCUAGGAGAUCUGUCCUUGAUCCUCCUUGGGAAGGUUCAAAUUUGAUUCCUGGUGAUGUUCUUUGGUCAGAUCCGUCAAUGACCCCUGGUCUUUCCCCAAAUAAAGAGAGAGGCAUUGGUCUUUUGUGGGGUCCAGAUUGUACUGAAGAAUUUUUGAAGAAGUUCAAUUUAAAGUUGAUCAUUAGGUCGCAUGAAGGUCCUGAUGCUAGGGAUAAGCGGCCUGAUCUUGGAGGAAUGGAUGUAGGAUAUACUAUAGAUCAUAUUGUAGAGUCUGGGAAACUCAUCACACUAUUUAGUGCCCCAGAUUAUCCACAGUUUCAGGCAACAGAAGAGAGGUACAGAAACAAAGGAGCAUAUAUUUUCUUGGAACCCCCAGAUUUCGACUCCCCAAUUUUCCAUAGCUUUGAGGCAGUUACUCCAAGACCAAAGGCAAAUCCUUAUUACGAUUUUGAAGACGUCAUUGAUUCCGAUGAAGAAUUGGACUUGGUGUCGAUGGUGCCAGAUUCAUGAUGGAAGUUGCAAUGCUGUUUGAAGCAUGGAUUUUACACUAUUUAAACUGAAGUCUUGUAUCGGUUUUCAUUAUAAUUUUUUGGUGUGUAUUAUUCUAUAAAUAUCGCCGAGGGCUUCUUAUAUCCACUGCCCUUACCAAUUGUAGAUUUACAUAUGGGAUGUUCUAUGCAUGGCAGUUGUCAUGUUUUUUAAUUAAUAUUACUAAGAUAUUUUAUUAUGCAAAA